GAACGUUACUGUUGCCUAACCUCUGCUCCCAGUCUGGGCUUCCUCUCUCAAACACUCACACACACAGACUCCUGGUGGAACACACUGCUUCCAAGAUGUGGAUCUGGGCAAUGAUUCCUAUUGUAUUUGCGCUUACGGGCACUGUUGGAUUCUGGGCUGUGUUUGGGAUGGCUGUAUCCAACGGGUCUGUCAAUCUCACACAGGAGUUUCCUUAUAUCAGCACUUGUGGCUCCUACACUCCUCAGAGCUGUGUCUUCGCUCAGAUCCUCAACCUGGGCUCUCUGCUCGUGGUGUGGAUCACUCUGAUGCGGUUUCAGCAGAUUAAGGAUUCCGGGCAACACUCUCGUACAAACACAGCCAGCCUUGUCCUCGGCCUCAUCUGCUCUCUGGGGACGUCCUUUGUGGGGAACUUCCAGCAAUCCGUGCUGAUGGGGGCUCAUCUGUUCGGGGCAUUCCUGGCGUUCUUCAUCGGGGUGGCGUACUUCUGGGUGCAGGUGUACCUCACCUACACCGUGAAGCCCUGCCAUGGGGGCCGCUGGAUCCUCCCUGUCCGCACUGCACUGUGCAGCACCUGCACCGUCCUCAUCAUUAUCAUGUCCGUGCUGCACAACCUGGAAUUCCGCACGCAGGCUGCGCUCUGUGAGUGGGGAGCAGCCAUGGCCUUCUUCCUGCUCUUCGGACUCUUCUCCGUGGAGUUCCGGCACUUGGACUGCCAGUCCUACCAUGUCCUGCGCAAGAGGGCCACCACGCCCAUGAGCAGGGAGCUGUCCUGAGAGAGCCGCUUCAGACACAUGCAAGGAGCCUCGCCUCCAGACCCACAGGCACAGCUUUCACAGAGAGUACAGUGCAGCAAUAUCACUUCAGAGCACAGCUAUGGCCAAACGUUUUGCAUCACCCUAUAGAAUUAACUAAUUUAGCUUCAUGAAGUUGAAUGAAACCUGCUGAAUAAUAUUACAUUAACAUAUUGAAUUGCAUACUGCUUUGUAAUUUUCCAUGUAAUUACAACGAAAAACUGACACAAAUAUGACAUUUUGAAAUCUAACUUGAAACACUGUACUACUGUUAUGGCUUCCAGUAGACUUUUGUGAUAUAAUUUUUCUUUUGAAAAAAAAUGUAUUAUGUUCAUAUAGUUUUUUUUUUUUAUUUUUUUUUUUAUAAAGUUGUCUCAAUCCUAAAAUUCUAGGAGAUGCAAAACGUUUGAACAGAGCUGUACAUGGAGGCUGUGUGGUCCAGUGGUUAAAGAAAGGGCUUGUAACCAGGAGGUCCCCGGCUCAAAUCCCACCUCAGCCACUGACUCACUGUGUGACCCUGAGCAAGUCACUUAACCUCCUUGUGCUCCGUCUUUCGGGUGAGACGUAAUUGUAAGUGACUCUGCAGCUGAUGCUUAGUUCACACACCCUGGUCUCUGUAAGUCGCCUUGGAUAAAGACGUCUGCUAAAUAAACAAAUAAUAAUAAUAAUAAUAAUAAUAAUACAUUAUGUGAUGAAUAUUGAAAGAUGAUGGUGUUUAAAGAUGUUGCUCACAGAAUCAAUGCAGAAAAGUAGGAACUUUAGGAUUAGCAAAAUUGCUCAUUUGAGAGUUAAUUCCUGCAAAUAUACCACAUGGUAGUUCUGUUAAAGGUGUCAAUAUUUCUCUUGUAAAAUUUUACAUGUUGUAGGCAAAAUCCCAGUCUUUAUAUUUUAACAGAAAAUCAGUCUGACGACAAACAUUUUAACCAUGCCAUAGAAAAAGAAAAAGUUUCACUGAAUUAUUACAAUUUUUUUUAAAAAUGAUAAUUUAGCACUUUGUGUGUUUUAUUGUUAUGGAUGCUGUUUCUUCUUUUGCAAAAGUAAAAAUUGCUCAAGUUCUGUCAAGAUUUUCAAGUCUUGCCACAGAUUCUCAAUCGGAUUGAAGUCUGGGCUUUGACUGGGCCAUUCUAAGACAUUCAGGUUCUUGUUUUAAAACCACUCCAGUGUAGCUUUGGCUGUGUGUUCAGAGUCAUUGUCCUGCUGGAAGGUGAACCUCCGCCCCAGUCCCAGGUCUCUUGCAGAAUGAAACAGGUUUUCCUCUAGAAUUUCCCUGUAUUUGGCUCCAUCCAUCUUGCCCUCAAUCCUGACCAGUUUCCCAGUCCCUGCUGAUGAAAAGCAUCCCCAUAACAUGACGCUGCCACCACCAUGCUUCACCGUGGGGAUGGUGUUCUCAGGGUGAUGAGCAGUGUUGGCUUUGUGCCACACAUAGUGUUUUGCGCUGAGGCCAAAAAGUUCAAUUUUGGUCUCAUCAGACCAGAGAACCUUUUUCCACAUGUUUGCUGUGUCUCUGUCACAAAGACGGCUGGAGUGGGUGGCGUCAGACCAGAAGCAGGAAAUAAAUAAACAAAACGAGAGGUAGAGUUUGGUGGAGCUGAGCGAAUGCUUUCGCUCAGCAUUUAAUAAAUAAACAGAACAGAAAAUAAAAGGUUUUAACACAAAACAGGACACGGCACUUACGCCAAAAUAAACAGAUAAACAAAACGAACAGACACUGACACACAGGGACGAACACUAAACAAACACGUACCACGUAGCAAUUGCUUCUCUAUUGAUUAUCUCCUCACUCUCUCCUGUUCCUUCGCCCUGAACACACAACCCCGAGUGAAAGAAACGUGCAUCUAUAUAUACUGUUGUGCUGGGAUUCAAUUACUAAUUAAUUAUUCACUUGAAUCCCAGCACGUGAAUUAAUUCUGUGCAACCCCGUGCUCACAUAUUAUUACAUACUUUAAAUGCACGUGAAGUGAUAGUGCAAUCCCGUGCCUAAAUAUAAUUAUACAAUUUUAACUCACACGUGAAACACAGACCCGUUUAUAUCCUGUGUACCAUGACUAUACACCAACAUUUACACAUGCAACACGCAACACAUAACACACAAAUGCACACAGGGGCGGGGCACAUUGCCACAGUCUCCCACAUGCCUUUUGGCAAAAUCCAAACGGGAUUUGAUAUGUUUUUUUUUCAGCAAUGGCUUUCUUCUCGCCACUCUUCCAUAAAGCCUAGCUUUGUGGAGCGUCCGGGUUAUAGUUGUCCCAUGGAUGGUUUCUCCCAUCUCAGCUGUGGAUCUCUCCAACUCCUUCAGAGUACCAUUGGCCUCUUGGUUGCUUCUCUGACUAAUGCCCUCCUUACCUGGUCAGGAGUAUUGGUGGACGGCCUUCUCUAGGCAGAGUCGCGGUUGUGCCAUAUUCUUUCCAUUUUUUAAUAAUGGAUUUAACGGUGCUCCGGGAGAUGUUCAAAGUUUGGGAUAUUUUUUUAUAACCCAACCCUGAUUGGUGCUUCUCCAGAACUUUAUCCCGGACUUGUUUUGAUAGCACCUUGGUCUUCAUGAUGCUGUUUGUUUAUGCUCUCUAACAAACUCUGGGGCCUUCCAGAAACAGGUGUAUUUAAUCUGAGAUCAUGUGACACUUUAAUUGCACACAGGUGGACUCCAUUCAACUAAUUAUGUGACUUCUGAAGGCAAUUGGUUGCACCAGAGCUUAUUUAGGGGUGUCACAGCAAAGGGGGUGAAUACUUAUGCAAUUAAGACUUUUCUAUUUUUUAUUUGUAAAUAACUUUGAAAAAUAUGUAGAUUUUUUUCCCUGGACAACGGCUGAACAGUGGUGCUGCUGUGGAAGGAUUUUAUAUAUUCACAACAAAAGAUGAACCAUAUUUGGAACAGACCGUUAUUCGUCAUGACACAUUAUACUUUGAACGUUUUUUUUUAAAAUUUUGCGGGCCGCUGCUGCUGCUACUGAAUCUUAAAGAUGCACUCUCUUGAAAAUCAUUUUUUAAAUAAAAAUACAAAGCUUUUUUAUUGUUUAAAUGUGUGAUAUGUGGAUCGCCCUUUUUUAUGAUCUUUUGUAAUUGUAUUGAUAUUUUCAGUUUUAACUGUUAGAAACAAUAUAACCCAAUUUUACACAGAUUAUGACUUCCAUAAAUAUGACCAGGAUUUGCAAAAAAGAAAAGCUAGAAAUACUAUUAGAAAUUUAGUAAACUCAAUGACAAGUGAUUGGACUAAAACAGUGGGAAUCAAAACGUUUGUAUGGCAUUGAAUUUUAUUAACUUUCUUUUCAUAUUUGUAAAAUUGACCAUAAGUGUUUUAUUGUUAUGGAUAAAAAAAUGUAACCUGAAAAAUGAUAAAUGAUGUCACCUCUUGUCUCUGUGUGGCCCAACUUGAAGUAUCCGCGGCCUGCAUGGAACUGCAGUCAUGUUCCACAAAGGUGGACUGCGCCACUUUCUGAGGGGUGUUAUCGCUUCAAAAGGCUGUGCUGUCAAUGUCAGCUUAUGCCAUUAAUAAAUACAAUCAGGCAAUUUCCCGGUAAAUGACAUGAGUGAUCUAAUCAUGGUUGAUAAAGGGUUACAGUUUGUAGUUUGAUACACUUGACAAAAUCCACUAUAAAUAAAACUGAGCAAGUGCCGGUAACAUACUUUUUGGUGUAAUUGCUGUGGGAAGACAGUCGCUGUGUGAGUGACUCUAAUAACUAUCUAAUGAAUGCUGUGUGGAUGUCUCUCUUUACCUCAAAGCCCCCCCCCC